GCCAUGCCCUGCGCCCACAACGUGGUGCUCCUGCUGGACACGGCCAGCCCGGUGCCGAAGCCGCAGCUGCAGCUGGGCUCUCUGCGGAUCCUGAACUACCUGGGCUGCAAGUUUGGCCUGGCCAAGGUCCGCUGGGGCUUCAAGUUCUUCGACUCGCUGGGCUCCCGGGGUCGAGCCUCGCGCGUGGGCGACUUCCGCGAACUGGGGCCCCGCAGCUGGGAGGACUUUGAGGAAGAGCUGGAGGCCAGGUUUGGGAUGCAGAGCUGCAAGUCUCACCUGCCCGGCCCCGUGCCCAGAGCCCUCCUCACCCAGAACGUGCUGAAGGAAACGCUGCUGGACUAUCAGUGGGAUCGCCCGGAGAUCACCUCGCCCACCAAGCCCGUCUUGAGAAGCCAGAAGAGCAAGCUGCUUGUGGCUCCGGAUGAGCCACUGGAGAGCCACAUGCCCUCUGAGGGCUUUGUGAAUCUCAUCUUUCUCUUUUCUCCGUGUCCCCAUUCCCAGAGGGAGCUGCUGCAGUUUGUUUCGGGGAAUGAAGUCCGUUCCUGUUGUGAGCUGCCCACUUCUCAGGAGGUGGCAGAGAAACUGUUGCCCCGGAGAGUCCGGGAGAUGAUUACGGGACAGAAAAUCGCUCUGUACUGGGUGGACACUGCUGAACGGUACAAGUUGCUUGAAUCUCCAGAUCACGUUGGAUACUGGACAAUGGCUGAACUGAUCCGCCCAGUUGGGGGCACCAUUUUUCCAUCUGAGACCUUAAUUGCGUGUUUGGGUCACCAUAGAACAGACAUUCCUGGCUUUCCUGGAGAGUGCAGCUCCUCUAAACCACAGUUCAUCCCAUGGACCUCCUCCAUCCUGCCUUUUGACUCAACCUUGAGCUGCCUGCUCUCUAAGCCUUCUGUAUUCCAAGCAUCAUUCCCGCAACAGAAAGGAACAUUAUUUCUCAGCAUGCAUGGUGUGGAGAAGCAAUGGAGCUGUAAGGUGAUCUUGGAGCCCUUAGUCAUGAACCAGAGAUACUUCCGGAGUCCAGUCAGUAUCUUCCUGAAAGGCAGCUUGACGGACUGGAAUUUGACACAAGCUGGCAGCUUUCUUACAGAGAGCUGGAUCCUGCAGAGCUCCCAGGCAGGACAAUCUGUGGAAGAUGCAUUGUUUCAGCAGCUUGUAAAAAGGCUAACGACAGAAGAGUUAUACUUGGUUGCUGAAGUAUCUGCAUCUGAGGCUUGGUCCCCCUGCACUGGUGUUCUGUCCCCACUCUCUGACUGUGCUGCAGUUCUUACUGUGUUCUGCAGUGAAAAGGCAGCUGAAGUUCAGAGACGCCUCCUCCAAGGAACAGUAGGAGAGAACUCUUCCCAAGACUACUCCUUUGACCUCCCGGAUAUAGUGAGCAGUGUGUUGAGUGAAAUUGAUUCCCUGACUGAAGACGGUCUGCCUAGUUCUGGAGAAACUCCAGUCCCAGAAUGGGUCCAACAAGAAUUGUCCCGCACAGGUGGCUGGAGUCCUGCAGCAGUUGAAGGGUGGUACCCUUUAUCCAGUGUCUGUGGAGCAAGCUCAGAGUUGAUGGAGUCAUUCAGGCUGCUGCAGGCUGUUUCUGUUGGUGAGAAGGAAGAGGUAUCCCAGCCUGAAGCAGAGCUGACAAACUGUCUGUCUGAAUUCUAUCUGAAGAAAUCUGGUGAAGCAUCUGUGCCAUCUGGGCCACGGGAUUACAAAAAAAGGCGUGGAGUGCCCCGAACUCCAGUCCGGCAGAAGAUGAAGACCAUGUCCCGCUCCCUGCAGAUGCUCAAUGUAGCAAGACUGAAUGUCAAGGCUCAGAAAUUUCAGCCAGAUGGUGUGCCCCCAGCAGCUGGUGAGAAGGUGCCUCAGCGGUUGUCAUUAAAGAGAUCAGAUGAUAAGCUGGAAGAAAGAGGAAGAGCCCUGAAAAUCCCCAAAGAUUUCAAAACGGAGGAUGAGAUGCUUUCCCAUUUAACUGCAAGCUACCAGAAGGCUGUGACUGAGGGAGAUAUUCUCUUGUGUGCAUGUGCCGAGAAUAUGGUCCUGGCCAUUAAAAGGUUUCUGAAACUACAAGAUGCCCCAGAGCAAGAGGUAGCCUGUGUGGACAGAGUCAGAAGCCAUCUCUUGAAGACCAGCAAAGCCCUCCGACAAGAGUAUGGUACCAAUCCUGGCAAGGAAAACAAAGUCAGAGAGUGUCAGCUUCAGAUAUUUCUGCGCCUUGAGAUGUGCCUGCAGUGCCCCUUGCUACAGAGCAGCACAGAUGAAAUGGAGCAACUGGUAGAAGAGAUGACGGAGAUGCUGCGUAUUUUGUGUCUGGCUGAAGACCCAGGAUACCUUACGAAGUUUUUGGAGGAAGUCCUAGCAUUGUAUAUGGAUUCUAUACCGAGGAUCCUUGGGAAUCUUUACUACAGUCUGGGCACACAGAUUCCCCUGAAGCUGGCAUCUGUUCUGCCUGCAGACUUUUUUAGUGAUGACUCCAUGACUAUGGAUAGCAAAUCUCCAACCCAUCCCCAAUCCUUGCCAUCAGCCGCAGCUCCAAGCACAGAGACGGAACAGCUGGAGGAACUGCGCACCAGAUCUGCCAAGAAAAGGAGGAACAGUGCCUUAGCCAGACACAGGAGUAUGACAGAAACGUCACAAAACCUGCGCCAAGUUGAAAUGCCCAAAAUUCCAAAGAAUCUCAUCAGAAAGGAAAAUUCUCGCUGUUACCUUGCUGCUGAGAAACCCACACAGAUGCCUGCCUUGCAGAAAGAGGCAGCACAAGAGGUGACAAAGGUGAGAAGGAACCUCUUCAAUGAGGUUAUGCUUUCUCCAUCAACAAGGUCUCUAAAGAAGAUGCCUCGAAGUCAGUCAGUAUCUGCUGUGGAAGGUGUGAAGCACAAAAGCAGCUACUCGGAUGAGGGCACUAGAGACCAUCGCAAGCUACUAACCAAGAGAGUUGCAGAGACACCACUGCACAAGCAAAUCUCCAGGAGACUGCUUCAUAAACAGAUCAAAGGCCGGAGUUCUGAUCCAGGUUCUGAUAUCAGUGUUGUAGAAGAAUCUCCUGAGAAGACCAUGAGUGAUGGGGGUUUAAGAAGAAGCCCACGCAUCAAACAGCUGUCAUUGAAUAGGACACACUCUGGCUUUUUCUACUCUACAACACAGUCCAACUCGCAGAAUACGCAAAGAGUGUGUAUAGGGCAGCAAGAAGAGUCCUCCAUUCACCAGGACUUAGAUAGUACACUACAUCCCAAUAAGCCUACCAUCCAGUCUCCCAAGAGGCUUCUUUUUGGAGCAGUUAUUGAUGUAAGUAGCCCUACGGUGAAAGAUUUACCUGGAACAAGGAGAACAAGACACAACUCUUUUGAAUUAGAGAAGCCAGUUAGCUUUCAGACUCCUAGAAAAACUCCUCGCAAGGCUACCCAGAAACCACUGAACUCAUCUAGUAAAACAUCAAGGAAAUCGCCUCGUCCUCUGCGCAGAACACCAAAAAGUCUGGAGAAGACCCCUGGCAAAGGUCCAGCUGUCAAGCAGUCUGCAGCUAAAUGUUUGGGCAAGUUCUAUUCCCCUUCUAGAUGCAAGGACAAGUCACCACCUGUACUUAACAAGAAGAGGAGAAAUUGUUUAGUACAAAUAACUCCUGGGAAAGACUGUUCUCCAGAGAAAAGACUUUCCACCCCUCACAAGAAGGUGAGGUUACAAACAACAAGAGAACAGGCAGUGAAUGGGGUGCUAGAUGCAUCUGGGUCACCUCUAAAAGAUUCCAGUCCAAGCACAGCCACCCAGUUUUCAUCUCCUGUUCAAGAAAAAAUUACCACAGAUCUGCAAACUCCCAGAUGCUCCUUGAGAUCCACUCAAAAUUCAGCAUCUCCAGCUGGUCCUAAAAGGCAAGCUCUCAAGACAGAGACUCAGGGAAAUCCAGAGUCAAAUAUCAGUUUGGAGCCAGUGCCUCAAGGAGUAGAAAGAACUCCCAGGAAAUUCAGAUGUACACCUGCAAGACAAUCUAGGAGCCCAGUGAGUGUUCCUUUAUCUCCAAAAUCUGCCUCAAAGAUGAGGAAAGAAUCUAAUUAUUAUUCUCUUGAUUCCUCCAUAAAAGCUCUGGCCAUAGGCUCUCUAAAGUCUCCAAAUGCUAUUCAUACUUCCCCAAGGAAAGCAGUCAGGUCUCUGCUCCAUGACCCUGAGCAGGCCAAAUGUAGAACCAAAUCUGGAGAAGAAAAUAUUGCUCUCUUACCUGCAAAGACUUCAGGAAAUGAGAAACAAUACAGUAAUGCCAAUGUUAGGCCUUCUGCAGAAAGCAACUGGCUUUUCAAGGCUUCUGGAAAAAUUCCCAUGGUGGAGAGAAAGGAACUAGUGGGUCUAGAAGCUCAGGGCUCCUCUCCAAGAGAGAAGCAGAAAAGUCUGAAAGAGCAUGCCUCUCUUUCACCUUCUGCUAAAGAACAAGUGCACAGCUUGGAUAUUGUGGAGACGCAUGAGCAGUUGGAGUCCUCCUCAGCUAGCACAAACACUAGGGCAUCCCUCCCCAGUGAACCUCAAGCAGGGAAGAGCCAGGACCUGCCAGAAACAACAGUUUCACCAACAGGAGAGUUUAAACAGCAGAAGGCAUUUACUCAUAAGAGACGUUCCUCAUCUGGCUUGACUAUUUUGCCCACUACACCAACAUCUGCCUCUCCUGCUUAUGCCCUGCGUUGCACCGCGGACAGAAGGCAGCGGGAAGCUGCCGCUCGCCUAGGGAAUCCUAAAAUCCCAGCCAGGUUCUCCACUCCAAACAGUCCCCAUCACAUGGCUCCUGCUAACCCAACAGCUUAUGAGGUUGAACUAGAGAUGCAAGCCUCUGGCUUACCCAAGCUUCAUAUUAAGAAGAUAGGCUCUUGUUCACCACUAGAAGCACAGCCUGAAACAAAGGCUGGGAAACCCAGGGAGGAGGAAAGCCCUGUCAAUGAUCUCACAGUCGCUUGGUGCAGCAGACACCCAGGGAAACUAGCAGCUGCUUGUGUUUCACCCUCCUGCUUUCGCUCUUCCCAUACCAUGCCUGGGAAGGGUGGAGGACAAACAUACAUAUGCCAGUCGUACACCCCCGCUAUCUGUGCCUCUGCCACCCCCUCCCCCUCCCAUGUGGAUGCUACACCAAUGUCUGCCUCUCCUGUUUAUGCCCUGCGCUGCACCGCGGACAGAAGGCAGCGGGAGGCUGCCGCUCGCCUAGGGAAUCCUGAAAUCCCAGCCAGGUUCUCCACUCCAAACAUUCCCUGUCAUAUGGCUCCUGCAAGCCCAACAGCUUAUGAGGUUGAACUAGAAAUGCAAGCCUCUGGCCUACCCAAGCUUCGUAUUAAAAAGAUUGGCUCUUGUUCACCAUUGGAAGGACAGCCUGAAACAAAGGCUGGGAAACCCAGGGAGGAGGAAAGCCCUGUCAAUGAUCUCACAGUCACUUGGUGUAGCAGACACCCAGGGAAACUAGCGGCUUCUUGUGUUUCACCCUCCUGUUUUCGCUCUUCCCAUACCACGCCUGGGAAGGGUGGAGGGCAAACAUACAUAUGCCAGUCGUACACCCCCACCAGCUGUGCCUCGACCACUCCCUCCCCCUCCCAUGUGGAUGCUGCAGUGCCCUGGACACCUUCCCCAAAGCACAAAGGCAAGACUACCCCUGAUGCCAUCAAAGACUGGCCCCGGAAGAAAAAAGCAGUGGGCCACAACACAAAUGCUGGCUGUGGCCCAAUCGAGAAAAGUAUGGACUGUGUGGGAAGCCUGUCAACAGGCGAAGAAGCCAGAAUCUCUGAUUAUAAUAGCAAAGCUUCGAACCUGGUGGAUUUUGAGCUGGAAGGAGUCUACAAGCUUCAGGACCAGUCACCUCCCAGUGACUCAGAACCCAGAGCUCCCGAGAGCACUUCCCUGGAUGCAUUGGGCCUGACAUCUAGGAAACGGGCUUUUCAGCGCCUGUCUCCACAUGGGCAAACCAGACAGGAAGCAAAGAGGUCUUGCACAAGUAUUGCUGACUUGGAUCGGGUCUCCUCUCCCACAGAUGAGACCAGCAGAAGAGGAACCUGUACGGUGCUACCUGGUACAACCCAAGCAUCCUCAAAUGGAGCUCAAGUGCAGCAGAGCUCCCUAGGGGACGAUGAAGUCUUCCUUUCUUCAGGCUUAACUCCGCCAGUCAAGAGCUCCCUCUCGGCAAGCAGCCUUCGGGCACUGACUCAGUCUCCGCUGCUUUACCAGGGGCAAACGCCACCAUCUUGGAGGAAGUGCACUGGAGACAACAACCUGGAUGUCUUUCCUGGUGCUGCAGAGCAGGAAGUGUCCCCGGUCCACAGUAUGGCUUUCCAGAGGCGGCCCCUUGGCAGAACUUACUCCCGGAAGAGGCUGCUCAGCUGAAGUGGGAAGCCAGGCUUAGAUGGUGCUUGGAUAACGAAACUCAGACUGUUGAGAGAUUCCCUUGCCCUCUGUGCAGGAUUUACUGCCAGCCACGUUCCGUAUUGAGCAUGUGGGAAAUCCUGAUCUCUGCCUGUGAUAGAUUGCUGCCUCCAGUGAAGCCAGCAUCCUGGAAAUCCCUGCCUUAACUGGAAGCAACAGGCCAGGAUGUGACUCAGGAAGGGGUAGCUCUGAGGCAGUGUGUUGGGGACAGCUGCCUGGAGUCCAGAAAAAGGGUUUUUAAUUUAGCAGGAGCUAUGUGCCCAUUGUUUCUAACCCCUGCUGGGGAUCACUAAUGCUCCCUUCAGGCAUGCUGGAACUGGGAUUCAGCCCAGCCAGGGGAGGGGAACUGUCACUUUUUUAUUUUUCUUUAGCUAUUUUGUAAAAUAAAUUAAGUUGAAUGGC